CAUUCGGCCAACAGUUGCAGUCGCGGCGUCGCUGUGAUACGUUAGGGUGAAGUACUGCCGCCAGAUCCAUAAGAAACGCUUGACUUUUUCAUUUUUUUAUCUUGGCGUCCAGUGUUUUGACGGACUCUAUUCUUGUUGUGUCCAUUAAGAUUUAUAGGAGCGACCCUCAGCUGACAAUUUUUUGAAAACAUUACAUGGAACGAUGUUAUUGUUUCUAAAAUAACGCGAUGCAAUCUCACCAGCUGAUGUGUAUGCCAUGACAGGAACGCCGGUGUCAAUAUUUUGUGUUGUAAGACGUGUGACACUACCUGAUCCUUUUUAUGCGUACUUCUUAUAGGUAGCAAGUUUCAUAAGCUGUGUUUUCAGUGCAACAUUUCUCCUUUUCACGAUGGCCGCUGUUAGCAUGAUAAGUAAAAUGACUGGACAAAGAUUCACACUGGCGUGUUUAUUGACUCUUAUUUUGGUGGGUAACUCGAGUGUGCUUGUGUCUGGCAACACAAUUGCAUCGUCUACAAACUUCUUCAGCCCAAAUGAAACUCAUCAAACGACCUCAAAUUUCACAUUUAAACCGACCACUGCACCACCGGCUGAAAGAUUUCCGGUCAUUGUUGAGGAUUUUGAACGAGUUGAGACGCCCUUCAUCAUCAGCUUAUGGAUCUUCUUGGCCUGCCUCGGCAAAAUAGGCUUCCACAUGACCCCGAAGUUGUCGAAGGUGUUCCCCGAGUCGUGUAUGCUCAUCGUGCUGGGGGUGAUAAUCGGGCUGCUGCUGUUCUACACCCACGCGGCGUCCGUCUCACCGCUCACCGCUGAUGUCUUCUUCAUCUACAUGCUGCCGCCCAUCAUCCUCGAUGCGGGGUAUUUCAUGCCCAACAGGCUCUUCUUCGACCAUCUCGGCACCAUCCUGGUCUUUGCUGUCAUCGGCACCAUCUGGAAUGCUUUGACUAUUGGAAUUUCGCUGUACGCCCUGAACCUGACGGGGCUGUUCCCCAUGGAGAUCCCCCUGCUGCACAUGCUGCUCUUCUCGUCCCUCAUCUCCGCCGUGGACCCCGUCGCUGUGCUCGCCGUCUUUGAGGAGAUACACGUCGAGGAGCUGCUCUUCAUCCUUGUCUUCGGCGAGUCGCUCCUCAACGACGGCAUCACUGUGGUGCUGUACCACAUGUUCGAGGGCUUCUCGCACCUUGGUCAGGAGAACCUCAUCCUGCAGGACUACUUCGCCGCCAUCGCCUCGUUCCUGCUGGUCGCCCUGGGGGGCACCGCCGUCGGCAUUGUAUGGGGCUUCCUCACCGCCUUCGUCACGAGGUUCACAAAAGGCGUGCGUGUCAUCGAGCCUGUCUUCAUCUUCGUUAUGAGCUACCUGGCUUAUCUCAACGCUGAAAUCUUCCAUCUCUCUGGUAUCCUCUCCAUCACUUUCUGCGGCAUUGCAAUGAAGAAUUACACGACACGGAAUAUCUCGAGCAAGUCGCAGACCACCGUCAAGUACGCCAUGAAGAUGAUGGCCCAGUGCUCCGAGACCAUCAUCUUCAUGUUCCUCGGGGUGUCCACUGUCCAUGACGACCACGCCUGGGACACCGCCUUCGUCGGCCUCACCAUACUUUUCUGCUCCGUCUACAGGGUCAUCGGAACAUUGAUUCUGUGCGAGCUAUGCAACAUCUUCAGGAUCCAGAAAAUUGACUUCGUGCAAAAGUUUGUAAUUUCGUACGGUGGUAUCAGAGGCGCCGUGGCGUUCGCUCUUGUAUUGACCAUCGACAAGGAAGCCAUACCAGCACAACCAAUGUUUGUUACUGCUACCAUCGCUGUCGUCUACUUCACCGUGUUUGUGCAGGUGCGUGUUGCUACUUCACCGUGUUUGUGCAGGUGCGUGUUGCUACGUCACCGUACGAUAGACUACCUCAUGGCUGGCAUUGAGGACAUCAUGGGCAUGGCUGGCAACUACUACGUCAGAGAUAAAUUCAAGAGGUUCAACACUAAGUACUUGGAGCCGUGCCUGGUUCGUGAGGCGGAAAGUUCUGAGCCAAAGUUGCUGGAGACGUUAAAGAACAUCAAAAUGGAAGAAGCCAUGCAGUACAUGAAGAACCAAGGACAUCCGCCUGAGCAGAUCGAGUCGUUCGCCGCCCUCUACCGUACCGCUCAGAUGGCCCACGUCGGACAGCCUAAGGAGGGAGGUGGGUUUGAAAACUCAUGGAAUUUGGACGUUGGAGAGUUGGAUUACAACCCUACUGAUCGGGACAUCAGCGCGGCUCACUUCCAUCACAUGCUGUCUGAUGAGUACAAGCCCAUCAAGAAAAGGCGUGGGACGUACAAGCGGCACGCCGUUACCGACGAGGAGCUCGCCCAGGAAGUCCCUCAUAUCGCCCCUCGGGAGAUGCAGAGGAAGCCUAACCUCAACCACCACAGAUACCACCUCCGCAAGUUCAAGGAGGGCUUGAACGGCAAGGCUGGAGUCCCGGUACAGAAGCUCAACGGUACGGCCAUCAAACUGCAGCACGAUUACCUGGCCGAGGGCAUGAGAGACAAUCCUGCCUUCCAGCCCGACGACACCGACCCUCCGUCCUAUAAUGGAGUCCGGCCAAUGGCGGGCAAGGAAUAUAAGAGGAUGUCAGUGAAGGGUCCGGUGCUGGCCGAGACGACGCUGCCUUGGAAGCGCGACUUUAUAGUGGAUCCUCCGACGCGCGGCCUUCAGGUUCAGCGCCGCACUAGCAUCGACAACAACAACGAGCACACGCCCACCAUGGCUGAGAUUCUGCUGCCAUGGAAACGCGCGCACGACGACGCCGUGGACGGCGAGCCGCGUCACGCCGAGCACCCGCUGUGGGCCAACAACGAGCACUACGUCUACACUGACUCGCCCACUCAAACUUUUCUCCACAUGAUAGGUGACCCGACGAAGCCGUCCGUGCACGACGUGUUCCACAGACGCAACAGUCAGUCGUCGCUCUUCAGCAUCGACGAGACCGGCGAUGAUGGACCGGACUUUGCCAACCCUUACGUCGGGCGCCGCAACAGCGUCCACAACAGUCCUGUGCGCGAGCCCGGACGGAGGCGCGCGUCGGCGUCAGACUCGCGGAGGUCGUCGCUAAAGGAGGACAACUUCUACCGCAGCGCCCUGACGGAGGCCACACGCCGCAACCUCCUGCAGAAGGAGGGCAAUGCUGCCGCCAGUGACCCCGCCAGCAGAAGGAGCGCCAGCUUCGAUAAGUCCCUGGAACCUGGAGCGAGUAGCGGUUCCCUGCUGAACACGGCCAUCAAGGAGGAGGAUCUCUCCAGAUCCUCGACGACGCCGACGCCUUCUCGUCCCGAGGAACACGUCAUCAACAUGGAGAAAUACGACAGAAGCAAGCCUAAGUCACCACAUGGCGACGAGACACAGUUUUAAUUAGCUUCAAAACUUGACUUCGAGGUCACGGUGGAACGGAAAGGUUCGCGUACACUCAAACAAAUAAAGGAGCCAUAUGGUCCAAAUAGUUCCUCAUUUUUUUAACCACCGCACAAGUUGAGAGCGGACGUAGCACAGAUGCGCCUUUUUCUGAACCAAAAUGUCAGGACAACCAAGACAAGGGCAAAAAUUGCAUCGCUAUUUGGACAAAGUCUCAUUCAUUUCCUGAGUGUAUGACGUGUGAACAUGAGUGGCAUCCGUCCAACUUUUGAGACACCUUCCUACUUAGGCUAAAAAGACAAGUGUAAGAACAUCCAAGUUAUAAUACUGCAUAAUAGUAAUUAUAUAAAACAAUGCCAAUAGUAUACAAUACAAUGGUAAUUAUAUAAUACAAUACCUACAAUAAAGUUAUAUACCAGUAAUGCCUCGACAUACACUCGGCGGAUUAUUCUCACAAAGCUGUAAUGAUGUAAAUAUGUGCCUAACUUUUGAAAAUCUUGCCACUGUAUCAGGGGAAUGAACGGGAGUUUUAAAUUGAUUGCACAUUUUACAAAUAGGAUUAUGUGAAGGCAUUUCAAGGUUAAAUAUUAAUGUAUUUCCGUGGAAGGUUCUUAAAUUGUAUUGUAGAUUUAUAUGUGAACUUUUAAAUUUAUUUUUACAUUUAUCCUGACAAGAUAGAGUUUUUAUGAACUUAGCUUCUAUCAGGACCUAUAAGUGUCUGUCGCGGCACAAAAUUUAGAUGAAGAGCGCCUGGAGAACUUGAAUUAAAAUUUUGUGAUAUCUCCCCAUGAACCAUACGUGCAGAAAUAUUAUGUUACGUCAACGUUACGUGAAGCACAACCUGAGGCCAUUCUUGCUUAAGUGAUAGCUAAUAAUUAGAAUAUAAUUAAGUCUUACAAGGAAUUUCGUUGAAAGGAAAAUAGUUAUACGUUUAUGAAAGCUUACUGCGCAUUUGAAGCUCUAAUGCCUCUAUUGCAUAAGCCUUGAGUCGUGAUGGUUUAUCAGGUGAACGAGUGCCUUUACAUAGUCAUUAUGAAAGAUUACUUGUUGGUAACCUAGCACUUACUUAGUCAACCAACUUUAUUGGUGGUUUUUAAAUAAUAUGAAAUGGAGACCAUUUAUUAUUGAAAUUAUGGCAAUCGGUGAUGAUUUGUGGCCGCUUUUUAGACACACGAGUAGCGAUAGCGUAUCAGAUAAAAUUAUCUCGGUGAUGCAGCACGAAUUGGCCGUUAGUCCACUCAUUGUUGUAAAAGUAAUGAGCCUAACUCCAUUUAAUGAGGAAAAAGCACUCUAGGGCUGGAGGCUUGAGUCACACAUCUCAUACUGCCGGCGACAGCAUGUACAUAUGAAAUACUUGUAAAUAGAUUCGAGUCAUCGGCUGAAUAAGAAAAGAAUUUAUUUUCUGACCAAUGAAUUUACUGUUAUAAAUUAGGCAUAGCUAUUGCAGCUCACUUCUCAUUAGCUUAGUUAUUAACUACAUUCCUGAUUGUAUAGUUUGUUAGUUGCAACUCUGCCAUGUUCACAAAUAUCUCGCGUUUUCAAUUGUUUAUAAGCGACCAGGUGAGCUGGUGAAUCAAAUAAGGCAAUAUAUACCUGAUGUUACCUUAGUGCAGUGGAUUUAACUUCUUUUGGUUCAAACAAUGUAUUUGAUAUACUAGGUAGACCGGUUACCAUUGUGCGUAUUUCAUUGAAUUUGAAUAGCUGAUGAAUUCUAUGUUGUGCCAGUCGUCGCCAGAAUAUUCACAAGCAUAACUAAGUCAUUCCUAAAACUGAUAUCAAUUAAUGAAAUAAGAUUGUCACGAUUUACAAAGAAACCUCUAUACAUUCGUCGGUUGUAACAAAUGCUUGAAGACGGUUUAAAAAGUGAUUUUAAGUGAAGUAUUUUGUCUUAUUAAAUUCCACAUUUAGACGACGAAUCAAUUGUUGUCUGUACGCAUGCAUCAGAUUAAAGACGAGAUACAGUCAGGACGAGGUGCUGUCCUUGUUGGUGGCAAACGUCCCGGGCAUCGGGAUGGUCAGGACGAGGUGCAGUUCUUGUUUUUAGUGGCAAACGUUCAGACAAGUCAGGUCAGGUCAGGACAAGUACUGCGCUAAGUUGACUACGCAGACGACGCUGUUGUUGCAAUGGCUGUUGAGCGUCGGUGCGGUUACAGGCUUACCUCCUCCUGCAACAUGGUCGUGAAGCUAGCUGGACAUGUAUAGGCAUGGAAAUAAAUAUCGUCGAAUGUAAUAUUUUAAAUAUGUACUUAAUGGGAAGAAUGAAUUUAUUUAACACGUCGAACAUAUGUUUUUUUUGAAAGUUAAUGCUAUUUUAAACACUAGAUCUUGACUUUUAAUGAGAUGCAUAACCUGUGAGUUAAGGAUGUGCAGCUAUGCAACCGAGCGUGCGUGGUAGCUACCGUACCGGUACAUAAGUUAAAAAUAAAAUAUUUAAUUUCUUCAAUCAAUCAUAUCGUUAAAAUGAUAUAAUAGUGUGAAUUUGUCGAACUAUAAAUGGUCUAGUGCACUCGUUACGAUGCCUUCGUUCCAUAUCCGAUUUCAGUUUUGUAAUGAAUAACUGCAAUAGCACGUGAGGGGUGCGAGAAACAUUUUAAGUUAGAUACUUAAGAUAAAAAUGAAUGAUUAUAAAUUGAUUUCUUGUUGGUUUUAGCAACUGUUCCUGAGCACAAAAUGUCCGAUAGGCGUUAAUAGAUGAGUUAGCGAUGA